GUGACCUGAUCAUGGCGUCGGCCGCUGCGGUGCGGUUCCCCUGGCUCUGGGCUCUGUGCUUGGCGCUGCGGUACCUGAGCCCCGUGCAGGGAGACUGCGGCUGUAACUCUGCACAGAGAGAGGGCAGCGCCCACAGCCACCACCAGGGGGCGGCCUUCAAAUACUCCCGAGAGGCAAAUAGUCCGCCAACCGGGGAGCCCGGAGCGGAACAGCCUGACAAUAUGGUCCUGCUGCCCUCAGGGGUAUUUACUAUGGGAACAGAUGAGCCAGGAAUCCCCCCGGAUGGUGAGAGUCCUGCGCGGAGAGUCCACAUUGACUCAUUUUAUAUGGACAAAUAUGAAGUCAGCAAUGCAGAAUUUAAGAAGUUUGUAGCAGCGACCGGUUACGUGACCGAGGCGGAGACGUUUGGUGACUCGUUUGUGUUUGAAGGUUUGAUAAGUGAAGCAGUGAACAGCGGCAUCGACAAGGCGGUUGCAGCUGCUCCCUGGUGGCUCCCGGUGAAAGGAGCAGACUGGAGGCAUCCGGAAGGACCAGACUCUGAUAUCCUGGAAAGACUGGAUCAUCCCGUUCUUCACGUGUCCUGGAACGACGCCUCCGCCUUCUGUAGCUGGACCGGGAAGCGCCUCCCAACCGAGGGCGAAUGGGAAUAUGCAUGUAGAGGUGGUUUGGAGAACAGAUUAUUCCCAUGGGGAAACACGCUGGAGCCGAAGGGUCAACAUUAUGCCAAUGUCUGGCAAGGAGAUUUCCCCAAUACAAACACCGGAGAAGACGGACACCUGCAGACGGCACCAGUAACAGCCUUCCCACCUAAUGGUUAUGGCCUUUACAAUAUGGUGGGGAACGUCUGGGAAUGGACAUCGAACUGGUGGAGCACCCAUCACACCGCCGACGAGGCGUACAACCCGAAAGGUCCGAGCUCAGGAAAGGACAAAGUGAAGAAAGGCGGGUCCUACAUGUGCCACAAGUCUUAUUGCUACAGAUAUCGCUGCGCCGCUCGCAGUCAGAACACCCCCGAUAGCUCCUCCUCCAACCUGGGAUUCCGCUGCGCCGCAAGUGUCAGAUAAUGCACCCUAACGGUAGGGGGCUCUGUGUGGAGAGCCAGCCUGGGGCAAGCUGACGCCAACCAGUCGGCACCAUGGACCAAUGGGAAGCACAAUUCACCUUCAUUUUGCCAUACAGAAAUCGUGUCAAUAAAUUUAUUUUGUGAUU